AUGUGGCCAAGAAAGGACGCAACUGACGGUCUUUCCGUCAAUACCGAGAACAAUGGGCUCCUCAUCAACGGCAAUGGCACCAAUGGUCACAGUGUUGAAUGUCAGGAAUCCAUCAAGGUGAACGGCCACAAGAGGAAGAGGAUCGGUAACAGUUCGGGUGAUGGCAUGAGGACAAACGGUACUAAUGGUGUCAAGAAGUCGGCACAUAUCUCGCAAUUGAGCACGGAUUUAUUUGUUCUUGCGGAUGUGGUGUCUUUGGCCCUUAAUUCGAAUUUGCCGGACUUGAGCGAUAAUGUUGUUCUGCAACCAUAUCGAUACCUUAUCUCCCUCCCCUCCAAGGGUUUCCGUGACCAGGCCAUAGACUCCCUGAACACAUGGCUCAAGGUGGCGCCGAAGUCGGCUAGGAUAAUCAAGAACGUCAUCAAGAUGCUGCAUAGUGCAUCUCUCAUGCUCGAUGAUAUCGAAGACAACUCGCCACUUCGUCGUGGCAAGCCCUCUACCCACAAUAUCUAUGGCACCGCCCAGACAAUCAACAGCGCGACGUACCAAUAUACUGAAGCGACAAGUAUGGCUGCCGAGCUCAGUAACCCGACAUCCUUUCGCAUCUUCACCGAAGAGAUGAAACAGCUGUAUGUGGGGCAGAGCUACGAUCUCUACUGGACGCAUAACGCACUAUGCCCGUCCGUGUCAGAGUAUCUGAAAAUGGUUGAUCAGAAGACGGGUGGCCUGUUUCGCAUGCUGACACGGUUGAUGGUUGCCGAAAGUCCGGUCGGCGGGAAGGUAUCAGACAACGAUCUGAACCUGUUGAGUUGCCUCAUUGGGCGCUUCUUCCAGAUCCGCGACGACUAUCAGAACCUCGCGUCGGCUGACUACGCUAAGCAGAAGGGCUUUGCCGAAGACCUCGAUGAAGGAAAGUACUCCUUCACACUGAUUCACUGCAUCCAGACUUUGGAGUCAACGCCCAAGUUCACGGGUGACGCGAUGCAGUUGCGGGCAUUCCUCAUGAAGAGGAGGCUCGAAGGAAAGCUCGGCAAUGAGGCCAAGCGGGAGGUGUUGGCAACUAUGAGAAAGACAAAAAGUUUGGAUUACACGCUCGGCGUUCUGAGGGAACUGCAUGGCGAGUUGGAAAGGGAAGUUGGAAUUUUGGAAGCGAAGUUUGGUGAAGAGAAUUUUUCAUUGAGGUUGAUGCUAGAGAUACUGAAGGUAUAG